AGAUCUUCUUUGUAAAUAUCAAUAGACAUGGCCAAGACAAGAUCUAAAUCAAAGGUAUCGCCAGCUGCCAAAGUGACCAAGGUUACCAGGGCCAAGAAACAACAAGAACCAGUACCAGAACCAGUACCAACCACAUUGAUCUCCAGUGAAAUUACUGCCAAAGCCAUCGCUGCUUUAGUUAAAUGGACUGAAAAGGAAACCAAGCCAAAGAAGGAUUCCCUUUUUGAAGAAGAUCCAGCCAAGCUUUACAUCACUGUCAACACCAAGAAAUACAUUUCCGCCAAACCUCAAUUUAAACCAAAGGUGAUCUCUUUACCUCAUUCCAUCAACUCUGAUGUUAAGACUUGUUUGAUUAUACGUGAUGAAUUAGUUAAGACCACUGACCAAUUAGAAUCCCUUGAGAAUGCCGAUGUCCACAUUGAUCAAAUCUUGCCUGCCACCACAUUAAAGAAUGAUUACAAGAAUUUUGAAAAACGUAGAGAUUUAUUUGCUCAAUAUGAUUUAUUCAUAUUUGAUGAUGCAUUAAUGAACUUGAUGCCAACUUUCUUGGGAAAAAUCUUCUAUAAAUCAACCAAGAUCCCAGUUCCAAUCAGAGUAACUGCUACUAAGAACUUGAAGGAGUUGUCCUUGGUCACUUUGAAGAACCAAGUUGAAAAAGUAUUGUCAAGCACUUGGUACUUACCACCUAUGGGUAACACUGUUUCUAUCAGGAUCGGUAACUUGACUGAUGAUAGCGAAAAGUUAGUUUCUAAUGCCAACAAAGUGGUUGAAGCAUUUGAAGUUAAAGAUCUCAAGAAUAUCAUGAUCAAGACUGACGUAUCACCAUCCCUUCCAUUGUACUAUACCGACAAGUUGUAUGAUGAAGAAGAAGAUGUAGCCAAGGAAGAAAAGAAGGAAGAACAACCAGAAGACGAAGAAGCUAUCAAGUUCACCUCUUUCGAAAAGGGAUUAUUGGAAUUGGGUGAUGUUGAGACCGUUACCAAGAUCAUUGGUAAGAAGUUAAACAAGGAAUCCACUAAAGAUAAAGCAGCCAAAUCCAAGGGUAAAAUCACAAAGAAGAAAAAGUAAAUAAAAUUUGUAUAGAAAAGUGAGCAACUGCAUUUUUUUACAUAGAAAAAUUAUAAACUACGCGAACAA